UACUUAACCAUUGGUUUCCACCAGGUAUGAGGGUCCAGCUGUGAGAGGGAGACAAGCGGGAAGAAAACUCUUCGUAAAUGCGCUUAGAAGCAAUUUGGCUGUCAGUUUGGAUGUGGCAGUGGGGUCGAGCCAGAUCCUUUCCGGAGGGUAGAAGAGUUUGCCUUUAAGAUCCUCUGGAGUCAUUUUCUGGUACAAACUGUGAAAAGAAUGCAUUGAAAAUUCUGGCCAAUAGUGGAAAUAUUGGCAUAACCCCCAACUUAGUGUAGCAGUCAUUCUCUUUAGUAGCACCUCAUAAUAGAAGAAAAAUGUAUGGAAGUGCAAGAACAAUCACCAAUCUGGAAGGCAGUCCUUCCAGAUCUCCUCGUUUGCCAAGGUCUCCUCGUUUGGGCCACAGAAGAACAAGCAGUGGGGGAGGUGGAGGAACAGGCAAGACACUGUCCAUGGAGAAUAUCCAGUCCCUUAAUGCAGCCUAUGCUACAUCUGGACCUAUGUAUCUGAGUGAUCAUGAGGGGGUGGCUUCGACAACUUACCCAAAGGGCACCAUGACUCUGGGAAGGGCCACAAAUCGAGCUGUAUAUGGAGGCCGAGUCACAGCCAUGGGGAGUAGUCCCAAUAUUGCUUCUGCUGGACUUUCCCACACAGAUGUUCUUUCAUACACGGAUCAACAUGGUGGUCUGACUAGCUCAUCCCAUCAUCACCACCACCAGGUCCCUUCCAUGUUGAGGCAGGUAAGGGAUAGCACAAUGUUAGACCUUCAAGCCCAGCUCAAGGAACUUCAGAGAGAGAAUGACCUCCUCCGGAAAGAACUAGACAUCAAGGACAGCAAGUUAGGAUCUUCCAUGAACAGUAUCAAGACCUUCUGGAGUCCUGAGCUCAAAAAGGAGAGAGUCUUGAGGAAAGAAGAGGCAGCCCGAAUGUCUGUCCUCAAGGAGCAGAUGAGGGUUUCCCAUGAAGAAAAUCAGCACCUGCAGUUGACAAUCCAAGCCCUUCAGGAUGAGCUUCGGACCCAGAGAGACCUCAAUCACCUCCUGCAGCAAGAGAGUGGCAACCGUGGAGCUGAGCACUUCACCAUUGAGCUGACUGAGGAGAACUUCCGGCGGCUCCAAGCUGAGCAUGACAGACAAGCUAAGGAGCUGUUCCUCUUAAGGAAGACCUUAGAGGAAAUGGAGCUGAGAAUUGAAACACAGAAACAGACCCUCAACGCCCGAGACGAGUCGAUUAAAAAGCUUCUUGAGAUGUUGCAAAGUAAAGGUUUGCCUUCUAAAAGUCUCGAGGAUGACAAUGAACGGACACGGCGGAUGGCAGAGGCUGAGUCUCAAGUCAGCCACUUAGAAGUGAUUUUAGACCAGAAAGAGAAGGAAAACAUACAUCUUAGAGAGGAAUUGCACCGAAGGAGCCAACUUCAGCCGGAGCCAGCAAAGACGAAGGCUCUCCAGACUGUCAUUGAAAUGAAGGACACAAAAAUCGCUUCAUUGGAGCGAAACAUAAGGGAUCUGGAGGAUGAGAUCCAGAUGUUAAAAGCCAAUGGUGUGCUGAACACUGAGGACCGCGAAGAAGAGAUCAAACAAAUAGAGGUUUACAAAAGUCACUCCAAGUUCAUGAAAACCAAGAUUGAUCAACUGAAGCAGGAGCUUUCAAAGAAGGAGUCAGAACUUCUUGCCUUACAAACAAAGCUUGAAACCCUUAGCAAUCAAAAUUCAGAUUGCAAGCAACACAUUGAAGUGCUUAAAGAGUCGCUUACUGCCAAAGAACAGAGGGCUGCCAUCCUUCAGACCGAGGUGGAUGCGCUGAGGUUACGAUUAGAGGAGAAAGAAUCUUUUCUCAAUAAAAAAACAAAACAGCUGCAGGACCUAACAGAAGAGAAGGGGACACUGGCCGGAGAGAUUCGAGACAUGAAGGACAUGUUAGAAGUGAAGGAAAGAAAAAUCAAUGUUCUUCAGAAGAAGAUUGAAAACUUGCAAGAACAGCUUAGAGAUAAAGACAAACAACUAACCAAUCUGAAAGACAGAGUAAAGUCCUUGCAGACGGAUUCCAGUAAUACGGAUACUGCGCUAGCAACACUCGAAGAGGCUUUGUCAGAAAAGGAGAGAAUAAUUGAGCGUUUGAAAGAACAGCGGGAGAGAGAUGAUCGGGAAAGACUAGAAGAGAUAGAAUCUUUCCGGAAAGAGAACAAAGAUCUGAAAGAGAAGGUCAAUGCUUUACAAGCUGAACUGACUGAAAAAGAGUCUAGUUUAAUUGACCUCAAGGAACAUGCAUCUUCAUUAGCCUCAGCAGGACUGAAAAGGGACUCCAAAUUAAAAUCUCUAGAAAUAGCCAUUGAACAAAAGAAAGAAGAAUGUAGCAAAUUGGAAGCACAGUUAAAAAAGCAAGCUGAGCAGUUGUUCAAUCAGAUGUACAAUCCAGCUCAUAAUGUUGAAGAUGACUCCAGGAUGAACCCCGAGUUUGCAGACCGAAUAAAACAACUUGAUAAAGAGGCAUCUUACUACCGUGAUGAGUGUGGCAAGGCCCAAGCGGAAGUUGACCGGUUGCUGGAGAUCCUCAAGGAGGUGGAGAAUGAAAAGAAUGACAAGGACAAGAAGAUUGCAGAACUUGAGAGCUUGACUCUCAGGCAUAUGAAGGAUCAGAAUAAGAAGGUGGCCAACCUCAAGCACAACCAACAGUUGGAAAAGAAGAAAAAUGCCCAAUUACUGGAAGAAGUCCGCAGGCGAGAAGAUAGCAUGGCUGACAACUCACAGCACUUGCAGAUAGAGGAACUGAUGAAUGCACUGGAGAAGACCCGACAGGAACUGGAUGCCACCAAGGCACGCCUGGCCUCCACGCAGCAGUCUCUGGCUGAAAAAGAAGCGCAUUUAGCCAACCUCCGGAUAGAAAGGAGAAAACAGCUGGAGGAGAUCCUGGAGAUGAAACAGGAAGCACUGCUUGCGGCAAUCAGUGAAAAAGAUGCAAAUAUUGCCUUGCUGGAAUUGUCUGCUUCCAAAAAGAAAAAGACACAGGAAGAAGUUAUGGCCCUCAAGCGGGAAAAAGAUCGACUUGUGCAUCAGUUAAAGCAGCAGACCCAGAACAGAAUGAAGCUGAUGGCAGAUAACUAUGACGAGGACCACCACCAUUACCACCACCACCACCACCACCACCACCACCGGUCUCCUGGGAGGUCGCAACAUUCCAAUCACAGGCCCUCUCCCGACCAGGAUGACGAGGAGGGCAUAUGGGCAUAG